AUGGCGGAGCCUAUCAGAAACAAGAAAGUGGACUUUCCCACAGCUCCCACUCCCCAAAAUACCCCGGCCAACAAUGCACCCAUCUCCUCCCACGCUCAACAGCCAGGUGUCGCCAGCAUUAAAGAAGAGGACCUCGACCGUGCAGCAGCUGCGUCGAUAUUUGCGCAAAACCCAAAACUGGUGUCAAUGAUUCAGGGAAAAUUGGGCUCUUUAGUCGGUCGAUCGUCCGGUUAUGUCGAGUCCCUCCCUGCUUCAAUUCGCCGUCGCGUGGCAGGCCUGAAAGGCAUCCAGAAGGAACAUUCGAAACUUGAGGUAGAAUUCCAACAAAAGGUUCUUGAGCUAGAAAAGGAAUACUUCGCCAAGUUUGAGCCUCUAUACAGCAAACGUGCAACAAUCGUUAACGGGAAUAGUGAACCCACUGAAGACGAAGUUAAGGCUGGUAAACGAGCUGAUGAAGACGACGAUGAGGAAACCAAGGCUGAAGAGGAACCCAAAACGGAUGAUGGUGAAACCUUGGUUGCUGCUGGUAUUCCCGAGUUUUGGUUAUCCGCCAUGAAGAACCAUAUCUCUCUCUCUGAGAUGAUCACUGACAGAGAUGAGGAGGCUCUGAAGCACUUGACGGACAUCCGCAUGGAGUAUCUUGAGCGUCCAGGAUUCCGCCUGGUUUUCGAGUUCGCCGAAAACGAGUUCUUCACAAACAAAACCAUCACCAAGACCUAUUACUACCAGGAAGAAAGUGGGUACGGUGGUGAUUUCAUCUAUGAUCACGCUGAUGGAGAUGAGAUUGAAUGGAAGGAAGGCAAAGACCUCACUGUUAGAUACGAGAGCAAAAAGCAGCGAAAUAAGAGCACCAAGCAGACCCGUAUAGUGAAGGUUAAGGUUCCCACCGAUUCAUUCUUCAACUUCUUUUCCCCGCCAAACCCACCGACCAAGGAAAACGAUGAUGUAGCGUCCGACAUAGAAGAACGGUUGGAGCUGGACUAUCAACUCGGUGAAGAUAUCAAAGAAAAGCUUAUUCCCCGAGCAGUUGACUGGUUCACCGGGGAGGCACUUCAGUUUGAGGAGUUCGAUGAGGAUCUGGAUAUGGAUGACUUCGAUGAUGAUGAUGAGGAUGACGACGACGAUGACGAUGACGAUGAUCGGAAGUCGGAUGGGGCUUUGGAUGAGGAGACUGAUGAAGAGGAGGAUGGAUCGAAGCCCAAGAAAGAGGCUGCCGAAUGCAAGCAGAGCUAG